GAAAAGUGGCGUCUCCCUGCAGCGAGAGGCAGCGGUGGUGGCUUAGGUGACAGAGGAAACAUGGCUGAGUACUUGCGGCUGCCCAACUCCCUGGCGCUGAUCCGCCUCCGAAACCCUCCUGUCAACGCCAUCAGUUUGGCUGUACUCAAUGGCAUAAGAGAAGGCCUGAAGAAAGCUGUAACAGAUCAUACAGUAAAAGCCAUUGUGAUUUGUGGAGCAGGUGGCAAUUUCUCUGCAGGUGCUGAUAUCCACAGCUUCCAGGCUCCUAGGAGCUCUGGCUUCGGGUUGGGACAUUUAGUAGAUGAAUUGUCGAGAAAUGAGAAGCCUGUGGUGGCAGCUAUCCAGGGCGUGGCCUUGGGAGGAGGACUGGAGCUGGCCCUGGGCUGUCACUAUAGGAUUGCCCAUGCACAGGCUCGAGUUGGCCUCCCAGAAGUCACACUAGGACUUCUUCCUGGUGGGAGAGGAACGCAGCUUCUCCCCAGACUCAUUGGGGUUCCUGCCGCACUUGACUUAAUUACCUCAGGAAGACAUAUUUCAGCAGGGGAUGCACACAAGCUGGGGAUUCUGGAUGAAGUUGUGAACUCAGAUCCAACUGAAGAAGCAAUCAAAUUUGCCCAGAGAGUUCUAGGUCAACCUCUAGAAUCCCGUAGACUCUGCAACAAGCCAGUUCAGAGCUUGCCCAACAUGGAUACCAUUUUCAGUGACGCCUUCGUAAAGAUGCGGAAGCAGUACCCUGGGUGCCUUGCUCCAGAGACGUGUGUCCGUGCCAUCCAGGCCGCUGUGAAGUAUCCCUAUUCAGUGGGCAUCAAGGAGGAGGAGGAGCUGUUUAUGUACCUCCGGGAAUCAGGCCAGGCUCGAGCCCUGCAAUAUGCUUUCUUUGCUGAAAAAAAUGCAAAUAAGUGGUCAACUCCCUCUGGAGCAUCCUGGAAGACAGCGUCGGCACGGCCCAUCUCCUCUGUCGGUGUUCUGGGUUUGGGAACAAUGGGCCGAGGUAUUGCCAUUUCUUUUGCAAGGGCCAAGAUUCCUGUGAUUGCUGUGGAGUCAGACAGAAAGCAACUGGAAGCUGCAAACAGGGUGAUAACUUCCAUCUUGGAAAAGGAAGCCUCCAAAAUGCAGCAGAGUGGCCACCCUUGGUCGGUACCAAAACCCAGGUUAACGUCAUCCCUGCAGGAGCUCAGUGGUGUGGACUUGGUCGUUGAAGCGGUAUUUGAGGACAUGGCCCUGAAGAAGCGGGUGUUCGCUGAGCUGUCUGCCGUGUGCAAGCCAGAAGCAUUCCUGUGCACCAACACUUCAGCCCUGGACGUUGAUGAGAUGGCUUCCUCCACUGACCGUCCCCACAUGGUCAUCGGCACCCACUUCUUCUCACCAGCUCACGUCAUGAGGUUACUGGAGGUGAUCCCUAGCAAAUACUCCUCCCCCACCACCAUUGCCACUGUCAUGAACUUAUCCAAAAGGAUUAAAAAGGUUGGAGUGGUUGUAGGCAACUGUCACGGGUUUGUUGGGAAUCGAAUGUUGAGACCUUAUUACGAUCAGACGUACUUCCUGUUGGAAGAUGGCAGCAAGCCAGAGGAGAUAGAUCAGGUGCUGGAGGAGUUUGGUUUUAAAAUGGGACCUUUCAGGGUAUCUGACCUUGCUGGGUUGGAUGUGGGCUGGAGAAUUCGGAAGGGGCAAGGUCUUACUGGACCCGCGUUGCCUCCAGGAACUCCUGUCCGAAAGCGGAACAACAGGAGAUACUGCCCAAUUCCUGACAUGCUCUGUGAAUCAGGACGAUUCGGCCAGAAGGUUGGUAAGGGCUGGUAUCAGUAUGACAAGCCGCUGGGCAGGAUUCACAAGCCUGACCCCUGGCUUUCCAACUUUCUGUCACAGUACAGAGAAACCUACCACAUUGAACCUCGGGUCAUCAGCCAGGAAGAGAUCCUUGAGCGUAGCUUGUAUGCACUCAUCAAUGAAGCCUUCCGUAUCUUGGGAGAGGGGAUAGCCACCAGCCCAGAGCACAUCGAUGUUAUCUAUCUGUAUGGGUAUGGCUGGCCCAGGCACAGAGGCGGGCCCAUGUUCUAUGCUUCCACAGUCGGCUUGCCCAAGGUUCUGGAGAAGCUGGAGAAAUAUUACAGACAGAAUCCUGAUAUCCCUCAGCUGGAGCCCAGCGCCUAUCUCAAAAAACUGGCUUCCCAGGGAAACCCUCCUCUGAGAGAGUGGCAGCGCUUGGCAGGGCCCCCGAGCAGUAAACUGUGAUCCAGCCUCCCCGGUUACCUCGUGGCUGGCAUCAGCUGAUUCCCACUGAGUUCCAAUGAAGUUAAAUCCAAAGUUGAGAGUAAGAUUGCUCAGAGAUACAGGGCAAAAGGAGUAAUUUGUCAGCUAAUUUUAAGGAAUGUGCUUCCUAUUCCUUUGUAGCCAGUAAAUUCAAGGUUACACUUGUGUUAACCAAACACCAUAAUAAGAUAUGAUAAGAGAGCCUUGGGAAUCAGUUGAGGUUCCCAAGUGCUCUGAUCAUUGGAGAAAUAUGUCAUCAAUUAAUAAAUGAUAAGUGCAGCAAGUCAUCAACCAUUUGACCCUUUCAGCCUCGCACACAUAGUAUUGAUGGGGAAUCCUAUAGAUCAAAGAUUCGGUAAACACUGAGUGAGCAUCUCCCUGGCGUCUUCCCCCUCUGGGAGCACUUGGCAGAGCAGAGUCCGUGGGGCCAUCAAAGCGGCAGGGAAGCCCGUGCUGAAGUUCAGUGCGUGUUCUGUGUGGUGGAGCACAGAGGUGGCAGGGCAGAGGCAGCGGGGAGGGUCUCUAUGGCAGAUUUAAAUGUUCUAAGAUCAUUUAAUAAGAUAAGAUAAGGCAGAUUUAAAUGUUGUGGAAAUGGUGUAAUUCUAUGAUUACACUAAACACUAUUGAGUUGUAUCUUGAAAUGAGUGAAUUGUAGGUAUGUGCUUUAUAAAAUUGGAAUGACAUUGUUAUCACAUAAAAUGAUGUAAGUGAAUUAUUCUCACAAUUUUUUCACCUAUAAUCUCCCAUAAAAUUAUAAAAAGUUCUUGUGGUGAAAUCUUGAACAAAUGGAGUAUGAGCUUUUUCAUUGCAAACAAGUAAAUAAAGAAAAGCCAAUAAUA